AUGUCGACAUGCGUACCCAAUUGUAUUUUUGCACCUUACUUUAGGUCUGAUGAGUGCAAUAAGUUUGCCAAGGUGCACAAGGUAUUUGGAGCUAGCAAUGUAAGCAAGAUCUUGAUCGAAGUGUCGGAAGAGCAGAGAGAGGACACCGUCAAUUCUCUCGCAUAUGAGGCAGAGGCAAAGCUCAGAGGCCUCGUUUAUGGAUGCAUUGAUGCCAUAGCUUUGUUGCAGAGGAAGAUGGUUGAGCUUCAACAUGAUCUCGCCAUUGCUAAGGAUCGUCUUGCACGAUGUCACGCUGCUGCUACUGUUCUCCCUUCUCCUGAUAUCUUGCGUGCCCAUGUUAGCCUCCCUCCAUUCCCUAACUUUUGCACUUCCUCCAAUGAUUUCAAUGAUAUCUUCUGCCACAGUUCAUCAUCUCAAUUAUUCAGCCGCCACGAAACGGUUGAUGAUUUCAACCAAAUCCCAUAUAUAUUUUAAUCUUAUGUAUGCAUGUUAUGGUCCCCUUUUCCAUGUAAUUAUUGUUAUCAGUCUUUCUAAUCAAUCAU